UCGUUACACUCCGUUGGUAACGUUGCAUUUGACACGGAAAUGAUACUAGGACGUCAGCUCCUGAAAAAAGAAGAUUAAGAAAUAUAUAUUUAUGAAGCGAUUUAAAUCUAUACAUAAUUACAAAUCAGACAAUUGAUCGGCUUCAUUGACUUUUAAAUUGCAGCUAUGGUCAAGGAACUAAGUGCCAAUGUGAUGCGAUGAGCGAGAUACAUGUUCUGUCAGUGUGUAUCGAAAUUUUCAUAUUUUCCUGGAUUAAAGGAUAUACCUUUAAGGGUGAUUGCACGAAAUAUAGCACCGUCGAAAUUGGAUACUUUCCGCGUUACGUGCGACGUCUUCGAAUGUAGAAUUCACGAAUUAAAUGUCUAAUAACAUUUGUAGAGUGUGAAGGAGUGUUAUUUAAUUCCGUCACAAACAAAAUAUAUUUAGAUGCAGGGAAAAGUGAGACAUUAUUACUGUAACGUGUAAAACAAAAAGUCUGACAAUUCAGUGUAAAACAACAGAUUGGAAAAUGACGUAAUAGGCGUAAAUUUAUUGGAGAAAAUCGUACUGUACGAACUUAUUACAGAUCUGCAAGAAAAUUAAUUUUCGAGUAUAUGCUUUAAAAAGUGGACGAAAAUGGAUGUGUUGACAAAAUUGCGAAAUACUGUUAGCAACACGAUUACCAGCACUGUUCAAAAUACCGCUUAUGGUUUAUCCCAAUUAUCAAAUGUUCUACCAGGAAAUCCAGUUACAAGAGAAUUUGAGAUAUCUGCACACAUAGGAAGCGCGGGUCCAACAUUGUUAUGGAAAGUUUAUAAUGGUUAUAAAAAGUCCACUAAACAAGAGGCAGCAAUUUUUGUAUUUGAAAAACGAGUUCUUGAUAAAUUUUCCAAGAAUGAUAAAGAAGUGAUUUUGGAAACUCUGAAAAGAGGUGUUACACAACUGACAAAACUACGACACCCACAAAUUUUAACUGUACAACAUCCAUUAGAGGAAUCGAGAGAUAGUUUGGCAUUUGCAACUGAACCUGUGUUAGCCAGUUUAGCUAAUGUCCUAGGAAAUCAUUAUAAUUUACCACAGCCGUUACCAUCAGCUUUAAAAGAUUAUAAAUUGCACGACGUUGAAAUUAAAUAUGGACUUUUACAACUUGGCGAAGGUUUAGCAUUUCUACACGAAGAUGUAAAAUUAUUGCAUAGAAACAUAUGUCCAGAAUCUAUUGUUAUUAACAGUCAUGGAGCAUGGAAGAUUUUUGGAUUUGAUUUCUGUGCAUUAAAUCAAAGUGUAGAAAGCAAAGAACCUUUAUGGUCAUACGUCGAAUAUGAUAUGUCGCUAUCAGCUGUUGCACAGCCAAAUUUAAAUUACCAAGCACCAGAAUGUAUAUUGGCAAGUAGCAUUAGUUCUGCCAGUGACAUAUUUUCUUUAGGAAUGGUAGCAUAUGUUUUACAUUCUGCAAUGAAUGUACCACUCUAUGAGUGUAAUAAUGAUUUAACAAAAUGCAAAAAGUUUCUGGAAAACUUGACUGGUUCAAUUGUUACUUCUAAACUUAUAUCAGUUCCAGAGUCUCUCAGAGACACGGUGAAAUUGAUGUUAAAUCAUAAUCCUGAAUUAAGACCGGAUGCUCAUCAAUUUGUUAAAAUUGAUUACUUCACGGACAUAGAAGUAAAAACUUUGAAUUAUUUGGAUAAAAUUUUUCAGUGGGAUAAUUUACAAAAGUCACAAUUUUACAAAGGAUUACCACAGCUGUUAAAGCAAUUACCGCACAGGGUUAUAUUACACAGAGUACUCCCUGCAUUAUACAAAGAAUUAAUUAACCCUCCAAUGAUUCCUUUUAUCUUGCCAAGUAUAUUAUAUGCAAUGGAAACCAGUUCUGUAGAAGAAUUUAGAGAAUAUAUUUUACCAAAUAUGAAACCAGUUUUGACUUUGGAUGAUCCACCGCAAAUUAGCCUUGUAUUGAUGCAACAUGUUGACUUACUGUUAAAACUAUGUACUACAGAAGUAAUAAAAACAGAUGUGGUCCCAAUGCUGCUGCGUGCUUUGGAAUCUGAAUGGGAACAAUUACAAGAAUUAUGUUUGUCAGCUCUGCCUAAUAUUAUAACAAUGAUUGAAGGACCAGUAAUUAAAAAUGCAAUUCUACCUCGAAUGAAAAAAAUUUGUUUACAUGGCAAAGGAAGUAGUGCUAAAAGCCUUAGUGUAAAAGUUAAUUGUCUUUUGUGUCUUGCAAGAAUGUUGCCAAAUUUUGAUCGAUGGUUGGUUCUUGAUCAAGUGUUACCUUUCUUGCAAGAAAUUCCACAUUCUGGUGAACCUGCAAUUCUAAUGGCCAUUAUAGGAAUUUACAGAAUAUUACUGAAUCACAGUAAGUUGGGAGCGAGCAAAGAAAUAUUAGCAACAAAGAUUUUACCAUUUUUAUUACCAUUAUGUAUAGAACAAAACUUUAGUACAUCGCAGUAUGAAAUUCUUUCGACUCUUGUAAUUGAAAUGAUAAAUCGUGUAACAACAGAACAUAAGGAAGCAUUGAGCAAAUUGGAUGCAAUGCGUCAUGAAACACAAAAACUUGAUCAAGAGCUUUCACAAACCUCUAACAUGUACAAAAAUACUAAUUCCACUACUGACGCUAUUAAUAUUAUCCCUCCAAUUCGUUCUCCAAAUACAAAUACAAAUACAAAUUUGCAGUCUCUACAAAUUGAAAAUGGUUUGACAAUGGAAGAUAAAUUUCGAUUAAUUCAACAACAAGAAGUACACCAACGUUUACAAUCUCAACCACCAUUAACACCGAAAGCUAUUCCACAGCAACCCAAGAAACCUCAGAUAAAAGACUUAACCGAUACGUUAUUACAGUCCAAUUUAGAUCAAUUAAAUCGAUCAGUAUCAAGUUCAAAGCCUGAUUAUUCCUGCAUGUCUUCAAAUUUAAAUUCACAUCAACAUUUCAGCCCACAAGGAAUGAAUGUAAAUUUAAAUCGAAACACAACUAAUUGGGCUCCUAAUCAAAUUACAUGGAAUUCAACUAUUCCUCAAAAUACGAUUAAUUAUCCUAUCAGUCAAGGAAACUUAGUACCUAAUCAAUUGGAAUUCAGUUCAAAUUUGAAUACUGUUCCAAAUCAGAAGACUCAAAACUUACCUUCACAGGACAUAAUGGAUUUACUUAGCUAAUAAUAUUAACAAUACAGAUUGAUUUAUUACUGUUCAUUAUCUAUUAAUAAUUAGCUGUUAUUAGAAGAAGAUUGCAUUUUAUCUGUUCCUUUUUAGUAUACCUCUUUUAUACAGUUUAUAAAAUUCAAAUUGUUGUAGAAGAACAUUGCUUUUAUAGUACUUUAUUAUGCACUGUACUUUGUUUAAAAUUUGUGAACAAUUCUAUAUACACAAAGAGAGUUGUGAUUCAAAAUUCUUGAAUAUUUUUUGGAAUGCAAAACACGAGAAUACGUGUGCAUGUGUGCACACCAGAAACUCUUCUAAGUUACUUUAUUCAGCUUAUUCGUAACUAGAAGUGAAACAUUCUGAUCCCCUGAUUUGAACAAUACGUAUCAGUUGUUCAAAAACAGUUUUGAGAACAUUUUUCAUUAAGUAUUGAAAAAUAUAUCUAAAGAAUAUAAACUUUUGUAUUAUACAUGUUAUAAAUACUUCAUUUACAGUGAUAUUCUUUUUCUUUUUAUUUCAUUUUGUUCGAUAAAUAGUUAAAUGUUGUUAUAUUUAAAUAAAACUUAAAUGUUUGUGAACUUAAAAUAUUAAUGUUUAAUAACUAUACAAUGUUUUGUAACAUACAUGUAUUUCAAUGAAUUUAAUCUAUGAAUAUGUAUUGUGUUGUUAAUUAUGCACUGUAAUAAACAUUAAAAAUAUUAUAAUUACUGCAAAACAUAUGAACCAUUUGGGUGUAAUAAUAGGAAAAAUUAUCAAUGUACCUAAUGUUUACUAAUAAUUGAGUACAGAAAUAAAAACCUGA